AUGGCUAUGGCCAAGUCUUACCAGUCCUCAUGGCAUAGUUCCCAUUGCAUCAGAACAGGUCUGCCCCAGCUGCCCAGAUAUGGAUUUCACCAGCUGGUUAAGGGCUGUGAACACUGGGAGCCCCGGAACCCUGUGCUGGAAGAGCGUGACUGGGGGGAAGAUAAACUCCCAGCCCACCCUGAACUGGUUCGUAACUGGCUGCUCCAGCUGGAUGCAUGUAAGGCUGUAGGGCCUGAUGGAGUCUUUCUACUGAAAGAGCUGGCCAAUGUCACCCUGGAGCCUCUGGAAGCUGAGAAAUGUCCCAGCAGGUAUCCUCCUGGACAAACCAGCACACAGCUAGACAAGUCCGUCAAAUGUUGGAGGAGCAAUUGGCUGACGGGUCAGGCUCAAAGAGUUACAGUAAAGGGGGUCAUAUCAGGCUGGUGGCCAGUCACCCGUGGGGCUCCCCAGGGCUCUAAUGUUUUUACAAGCAACCUGGAUGCAGGAGUCAAAUAUCCAUUGAGUGAGUUUGCUAACAGUACUAAAGUAGGAAGAGCUGUGACCUCCCUCGAGGGCAGGGAAGCCUUACAGAGAGAUCUGGAUAGGCUAGAGAGCUGGGCAAUCACCAAGCGUAUGAAAUUUAACUGUAUUGAGUGCUGGAUUCUACACCUGGGACAGGGUCAUCCCAGUUAUAUAUGUACAGAUCUGGGGGGAGGAGGGACUGGAGAGCAGCCCUGUGGAAAGAGAUCUCAGGGUUUGAGUUGAUGACAAGUUGAAUAUGAGUUAAGAAUGAGCCCUGGCAGCCAAAGGGGCCAACUGUGUCCUGGGGUGCAUCAAGCAGAGCACAGCCAGCCGGCUGGGGGAGGUGACCGUCCCACUCCGCGCUGGGGCAGCCCCACCUUAAAUACUGUGUGCAGGUUUGGGCACCUCAAUACAAGGAAGACAUCCAACUAUGAGGGUGUGCCCAGAGGAGGGCGACCGAGAUGGUGAAAGGCCUCGAGGGCAAGACUUUGGAGAAGCAGCUGAGGUCACUUCGAUGUUCAUAUUGCAGAAGAGGAGGCUGAGGGGUGACCUCAACACUGAGAGGUGACCUCACCACAGUCUGCACCCUCCUCACGUGGGGGAAGCCAAGGGGGAGGUGCUGAUCUCUCUGGUGACCAGCGAUAGGACACGAGGAAAUGGGAUGAAGCUGCACCAGGGACAGUUAACGCUGGAUAUUAGGAAAAAGUUCUGCACCAAGAGGGUGGUCGGUCACUGGAACUGGCUCCGAGGAGAAGUGGUCACAGCACCAAACCUGUCAGAGUUCAACGAGCAUCUGGACAACGCUCUUAGUCAUAUGGUUUAGUUUUAGGUUGCCCUGCAAGGAGCAAGAAGUUGGAUUCGAUGAUCCUUACAGGCCCCUUCCAACUUGAGAUGAUCUGUGAUGCUAUCCUUGCUAAAAGAUUUGUGAUGUGGGAAGGAAAGACAUGGA